UUCCGAUGGAGCCAGUAAGUGAGUGAGUGAGUGAGUGAGUGAGCGAGCCUGUGAGAUAACCUUCUGUAGAAGAGUAGAGGGAUAGAUAUCGAUUAGUUUCCAGCUCCACCACAGAAGUCACGAUAACAAGGGACGAACGAACGGUUUAAGAUCCUCAAGAGAGAUGCCCAUUUCCAAAGUGAAGUAUGCCCGACUCACCAAUAUUGGCGAUCCCAAGGAUGCCGCCUUUGAUUUUACAUCGGCCUUUUCCUACAACGAAGAAGGAGGUGGGGAAUAUGCCAAGCACGACUUUGGAUCAGCGUUCAAAUACCGCGAUCCUUGUGUCAAGGUUCGGAUUGAUGACGAAGGCGCGUUAAAUCACACGGCCAAACCGUCGCUCUUCUUAACGGCCACGUCCUGGACCUUGACCGUGUUGAGUUACUUCUUUUUCCUGGUCACCAUUCCCGUCAGCUAUUGGUUCUUCGUGAAGAAGAUGGGCGAGUUCGAGCGACUGGUCAUCUUCCGCUUGGGCAAGAUGAUCGGAGUCAAGGGACCGGGCCGGUUUGUGGUCUUUCCAUGGAUGGAUCGGAUCAAGCGAAUCGAUGUGAGAGCCUCGGCUUUCUCCGUUCCCCCUCAGCAGUUCAUCACCGUGGAUGGGGGAAUCGUGGAGAUGGGGGCCGAGAUCCAGUAUGGCAUCGUGGAUGUAGUUACCAUGAUCAGCGAGGUAGCGGAUCAUCAAGAUAUCCUGCGCUCUUUGGGCAAGACGCUCCUCAUUAAGAUUCUGGUUAAGAAAACCGUUACCCAGUUGCAACGAGAUAAACGGAUGGGCGCCCAAGAAAUCAUGGAUGAAAUCAACGACCAGGUCCGGAAAUGGGGUAUCAACGUACAGAGCGUGACUCUCUCGGAGCCCAAGAUCCUCAAACAGGCGGAUAGCGGCAGCAACACUGCCGUCAGCAGCAUCAUGAAGGGAUUAGGGGUCAAGGGCGAAUCCAAAUAUCCCUCGCCCCAAGAGUUUGUGCGGGUUUCCCACGGAUUGGAAGAGCCCCAACAAGAUACGUUCUCAGCCACCAGUCUUUUGGGCGCCACUGGACUGGGAGGAGGAGGAGGAGCAGGAGCAGGAGGAGUAGGGGGUGGGGGGCCAUCAGCUACCAUGAAUAUGAGCAUGCUUCAGAGCUUGACUCAAGGAGGGUCCGUGAGCAGCAACAUGGGCAUGGUCAGCCAGCCCACCGAGACCAAGGUGGAAGAGCUGCCCGCCAAUUGGGGCCGAUGCUUGGAGGUCAUUAUCAAUAACGAAUUUGGUCUCAUCGAGGACGACGCCCAUGGCGUCUAUGAACUCGAGAUCACCGACACCGAGUCCGGCAAGGACGUGUACUUCAUCGAGCUGAGUGUGGAGAAACGGUCCGUCUCAACGGAGAAUACCUCCGGCAAACGACCGGAUGUUUCGGUCAGCAUUUCUUCCCCAGAUUUGGGCAAUGUAUUGGAUGGUUCCUUGGCCCCGCUUCAAGCGUAUCUCACUGGUAGAAUCACGGCCAAUGGGGAUGUGAGGAAACUGAUGUUCUUUGACAAAUUAUCCCGCCGAGGCCACAAACCAGGCUCUAUGUUUAAUGUCUAAUUACAUUAAUGAUGGGUUGGAGAAUACUCGAUGAUUAUGUAUUGUCAUUCUAAGAAUGAUCCAUCGCAUUUCUGUGAGCUCUUGUCAAAUGAUCAACACCGCUACAUGCCGUCAUUCUAGAGUAGGCGGACUCCCUAUUGAUCUCCCAAGUACAAUUUAUGCUAGUCAAAUUUGAACCCUCCUAAUUUCAGUUCAUCACUUACUAGUAAUCAUUUCAUCACUACCUUGUAGCAAUAAACAUGUUCCAACAAA